GCCCAGUAACAAAAAUGAGGAAGAAUUAUGUGCAUGUGAAAGUGACUGAUAGUUGUGAUUGCAAACCAAAGAAUGCUAGUGAUUUCGGCACAUCAAAGCUUGGCACAAAACAAUACUGGGAUAAUGUCUACAACAGGGAAUCAAUAAAUUUCAAGGAUUUUGGUGACACUGGUGAUGUAUGGUAUGGUGAAGGUAGUAUGGAAAGAGUGUUGGACUGGAUUGAAGAAAACUGUAUAGCUAUCGAACAACCCUCCAUCAUUGAUCUUGGUUCUGGCAAUGGAAUAUUACUACUCGAAUUGUCCAAAAGAGGUUACGAUGAUUUGACUGGCAUUGACUAUUCAGAGGGUGCGGUGGAGUUAGCACGGAAUAUAGCCAAGCAAGAACAUCAGACUUCAAUUAAAUUUGAGGUUGCAGACAUAUUGUGUGACCCUGUGGUAAGUGCAAGCCUCCAGAGACAGUACAACGUGUGUAUAGACAAGGGGACCUAUGAUGCGAUGAGUUUAUGCCCCGACGAACCACGGCUAAAGAGGCUCUUGUUCAAGAGAGUUGUACUCCGACUGCUCACCGAGAGAGGCUUGUUUGUUAUCACGUCGUGUAAUUGGACCAAGGAGGAACUUCUAACACAUUUUCAGCCUGAGCUGACUCUGCACAAGGAAAUUCACACACCAUCGUUUCAGUUUGGGGGAAGCAGCGGGAGCACCGUCGUAUCACUUGUUUUUGCAAAAAAAGGAUGAAAGGAUUUGUUCAGGAUGAACAAAUCAACAUCUGAACGUGCGGAAACUCUCACA